GUUGCUUCCGGGUUGGCUUCACAACUUCCGCUGAGCGACGCAUGCUCAGUCUCACUGCGUUUUACGUCUUUGAUGUGGACCGGCAUUUUCCCACAACACACUGCAGCAGCUCACACCAUCGACGAAAAUGGCGGACAACUGUUCUUCGGUCGAGAUUGUGGAAGGCUGUCGCCUCCCCGUUCUUCGUAAAAACCAAGAACACGAGGAUGAGUGGCCUUUGGCUGAGAUCCUGAGUUUGAAGGAGGUCUCUGGAAGAAAGCUGUUCUAUGUUCACUACAUUGACUUCAACAAGCGCUUAGAUGAAUGGGUCACAGCAGACAGGCUGGACAUGAAGAAGCUCCAGUUUCCAAAAAAAGAAGCUAAAACGCCCACAAAGAACGGACUGUCAGGCUCGCGUCCCAGCUCGCCAGAAAGAGAAGUACCGGUAGUGAGUGAGAAGAAAGAUACAAACAAUGACACAGCUUUGCAGAAGAAACAGAGGAAGACUCUAGAUCUCAACCUCCAAUCUGCCACAGCUCCUUCCAGAGGCAAAACCCUCCCCACGCCGGUACAAAAGAGGAAAGAGGUGGUUCCCCUGGUGACUCCGGUACCACCGGCCACUCCUGUGCCUGCCCUGCCGAGCUCGACCGAAACCUCCCAGGCAGCCGUUUUCCCUGUCGUCAGAGAGCCCCCCACCUUCAAGGCGCGAGAAGACCUGGAACCGCUUCCCACAGUCACAACGAACGGCACCGCUCGCCGUCUAAUACCCCCACAGCCCGGGAGAAAGAGGAAAGCUAACUGUGGGGGGUCUGAUGAGAUGAUAAAGGUGUUGCAGUAUAACAAGCCUCAAAGUGCCGGCGUCUUUCUACCCCCACCAGAGGACUCCCAGGACAGCUCUGACGGCAUACCGACAGCACCCCGCAUGACCGGCAGCCUGGUGUCAGAUCGCAGUCACGAUGACAUCGUCACCCGCAUGAAAAACAUCGAGUGCAUCGAGUUAGGCCGGCACAGGCUCAAGCCGUGGUACUUUUCACCGUACCCGCAGGAGCUGACCACUUUGCCUAUUCUCUACCUCUGUGAAUUCUGCCUCAAGUACCUAAAAAGCCUCAAGUGUCUCCAGAGGCAUCUGACUAAAUGUAACCUGAGACAUCCUCCAGGCAAUGAAAUCUACCGCAAAGGAACCAUAUCCUUCUUUGAGAUUGAUGGCAGAAAAAACAAAAAUUAUUCCCAGAACCUGUGCUUACUUGCAAAGUGUUUCCUAGACCAUAAGACGUUGUACUACGACACGGAUCCUUUCCUCUUUUAUGUCAUGACGGAGUACGACUCCAAAGGCUUCCAUAUAGUGGGAUACUUCUCUAAGGAAAAAGAAUCAACUGAAGAUUAUAAUGUUGCUUGUAUCCUCACCUUACCUCCCUACCAAAGGAGAGGCUAUGGCAAACUGCUCAUCGAGUUCAGCUAUGAACUGUCUAAAGUAGAGGGGAAGACGGGAACUCCAGAGAAACCUCUGUCUGAUCUCGGCCUCCUGUCGUAUCGUUCCUACUGGUCUCAAACUAUCCUGGAAAUUCUCAUGGACCUGAAACCUGAUAAUGGAGAAAGGCCUCAGAUUACCAUCAAUGAAAUCAGUGAAAUAACAAGUGUGAAGAAAGAAGAUGUCAUCUCAACACUUCAGUACCUCAACUUAAUCAACUAUUACAAGGGUCAGUACAUCCUGACUCUUUCAGAGGAGAUAGUGGACGGACACGAGAAAGCGAUGCAGAAGAGGCACCUGCGCAUUGAUCCCAAAUGCCUGCACUUUACUCCCAAGGACUGGAGCAAACGGGGGAAGUGGUAGGAGAAGAUUGUCGGUCAGUUUUUGGGACUCUCUCCUGAAAGGAUUACAGCAGUCAGGAAACCAGCGUUUUUAUCCAGCUGUAGAUCAAAACUUAAUUUUUCUUCCUCCUCCAGGAUCCCAGGGUUCACUUUCAAAUAAAAACUUGACAGUUGAAGCUCAUUGAGAAAA